GUGCUAUAGUGAUAUUCGGAGCACAAGGGUUUGUAGAAGACAAUCGCAAGCUGUCGAAGCAUCUGUCUGGCACGUCAUGGAAAGAACCCAACCCAACCGAUCUUCCGCUGCGGUGAGAACCAGGCCAUCGAGAGAUGAGCAAGGUAGCGUUGGAAUCCAAAAGAACCCCAAACGCACACGGAGUUAUGUGCUGAAACAAAUGUUAGAGGAAAUACGUCGUGUGAAAAAAGAAAGUUCAGAUGCGAUGGAAGAAAUCGAAGCACGCACGGUGAAAACAGAACCUGUGAAUGAGGAAGAGGAAGUGUGUCCAAUGGCAACAGAUGUUAUGGGUUGCAAAGAAACCGGAGGAGGCAGUAAAGGGAAAGGUUCACAACAGACCGGGGACAUUGCUGCAGGGCACCGAACCAAAAGCUAUCAUGCAGCUGUGUAUCGCGCUUCCUUUCAAUCAUCUCUCAGCCCGAGACAGCGACGUAAUACGGGUACGGGAGAACAUAAUGGAAGGGCGGUAGAAGCUGGAAUGAGCGGUGUUGCCGGAAGUUUGGGACCUCAAAUCAAGAGGGAAGCUUGCACAAUUGAAACUGCUGGCAUAGCCCAAGGGGGAUCGCAGGAAAAUGCUGGUCACAUAUCAACCAGUAAACAAAGGAAUGCGAGAGCUGAAAGGCUGUCGAAGAAGUUAAAAGGCAAGGCUAAAGUAGUUGGAAACAGUGUGGCGAAGUCAGCAAAGUCGCAGGGAGACAACGGCAAAGGUGAACCUUCGCACAGGCGUGCCUAUCGUCCUAAAUCUGUAAGGAUAUCCACACCAGCACCAGCGGUUGUCAAUGAGCAAAGGUGGACCAGGGUGGUUGACAAUCCGGUUAAGCUGAGAAACAACGUGCUGCACAUUCCAAGAGCGGUCAUCUAUGAAUGCAUCCGUGGCCAGAUUCCCAGAAUAACUCUGAUAGAUGUCAACAACAAUGUUCCUUAUUACUGCGAGAUGAUUAAGAGGGAAGACACGGUGGACAGGUAUUUGUGCGGUGCAUGGUCGGAUUUCUGCAAAGACCGCAAUCUUCAGAAGGGAGACACACUGCGUUUCUGCAUUAGAUAUCCCCCGGUGGAAUCGAUUAUGGUGUUCGUAGAGCGUGGAAGAGCUGAGUGACUAAACGUGUUUAACGUGCUAAGUAGUAUGUAUGUUUGUGGUUAUGUUUUAUUCAUUCUGGACAGAUGGGGUUAUGUUUUGGUAGGUUAAUGUUUUGGUCGCAUGUGGUAUUGCAGUGGUUAAUUUUGGUGUAAUGUUAAGGAUGUUGUCCUUAUUUUGGUGUAAU